GGCUCGGCGCUGAGCCCACGAACGGCCCCGCGCCCAGGACCUGCUGCCGACUGCGGGCUUCCCGAAGCCCCCUCAGGGUCCCCCUGGCAAGGAUGGAACUGAAGGCCGAGGAGGAGGAGGUGGGUGGCCUCCAGCCAGUCAGCAUCCAGGCCUUCGCCAGCAGCUCCACGCUGCACGGCCUGGCCCACAUCUUCUCCUACGAGCGGCUCUCUCUGAAGCGGGCACUGUGGGCCCUGUGCUUCCUGGGCUCACUGGCUGUGCUGCUGUGUGUGUGCACCGAGCGUGUGCAGUACUACUUCCACUACCACCACGUCACCAAACUCGACGAGGUGGCUGCCUCCCAGCUCACCUUCCCUGCAGUCACGCUGUGCAAUCUCAAUGAGUUCCGCUUUAGCCAAGUCUCCAAGAAUGACCUGUACCAUGCCGGGGAGCUGCUGGCCCUGCUCAACAACAGGUAUGAGAUACCAGACACGCAGAUGGCCGAUGAAAAACAGCUGGAGAUAUUGCAGGACAAGGCCAACUUCCGAAGCUUCAAGCCCAAGCCCUUCAACAUGCGUGAAUUCUAUGACCGUGCAGGACAUGACAUUCGAGACAUGCUGCUCUCCUGCCACUUUCGGGGAGAGGUCUGCAGCGCUGAAGACUUCAAGGUGGUCUUCACACGGUAUGGAAAGUGCUACACAUUCAACUCGGGCCGAGAUGGGCGGCCACGGCUGAAGACUAUGAAGGGUGGGACAGGCAAUGGGCUGGAGAUCAUGCUGGACAUCCAGCAGGACGAGUACCUGCCAGUGUGGGGGGAGACUGAUGAGACGUCCUUCGAAGCGGGCAUCAAAGUGCAGAUCCACAGUCAGGAUGAACCUCCUUUCAUUGACCAGCUGGGCUUUGGUGUGGCCCCAGGCUUCCAGACCUUUGUGGCCUGCCAGGAGCAGCGGCAGCUCAUCUACCUGCCCCCGCCCUGGGGCACCUGCAAAGCUGUUACCAUGGACUCGGAUUUCUUCGACUCCUACAGCAUCACCGCCUGCCGCAUUGACUGUGAGACCCGUUACCUGGUGGAGAACUGCAACUGUCGCAUGGUGCAUAUGCCAGGGGACGCCCCGUACUGCACUCCAGAGCAGUACAAAGAGUGUGCAGAUCCUGCCCUGGACUUCCUAGUGGAGAAGGAUCAGGAGUACUGUGUGUGUGAAAUGCCGUGCAACCUGACCCGCUACGGCAAGGAGCUGUCCAUGGUCAAGAUCCCCAGCAAAGCCUCAGCCAAGUACCUGGCCAAGAAGUUCAACAAGUCUGAGCAGUACAUAGGGGAGAACAUCCUGGUGCUGGAUAUUUUCUUUGAAGUCCUCAACUAUGAGACCAUUGAGCAGAAGAAAGCCUAUGAGAUUGCAGGGCUCCUGGGUGACAUCGGGGGCCAGAUGGGGCUGUUUAUUGGGGCCAGCAUCCUCACCGUGCUGGAGCUCUUUGACUACGCCUACGAGGUGAUUAAGCACAAGCUGUGCCGACGCGGGAAGUGCCAGAAGGAGGCCAAGAGGAGCAGCGCGGACAAGGGUGUGGCACUUAGCCUGGACGACGUCAAAAGACACAACCCGUGCGAGAGCCUCCGGGGCCAUCCUGCCGGGAUGACGUACGCUGCCAACAUCCUACCUCACCAUCCGGCCCGAGGCACGUUUGAGGACUUUACCUGCUGAGCCCCGAAGGCCACUGUACCAAAGGCCUAGUUGGGGAGGGCGAGGAGAGCAAGGGGCCCCCAGGUACCCCCUACAUCAGCCCUGGGGACUCACCUGCACUUCUGGGCAGUCCUUUCCUCUUGUCUGUGGUGAGGAAGGAGUCUUGACCACAGAGUCCUCUCCCUGCCUCUAUCCCAUUCUUUUUAUUUUAACAAAACUAAGCUAAUCUGAACAAGAGAACGGGGCAAGGGAUCUCAGGCUGUCCCUCUCUGCUCCAUGCUGCUUCCCCUAGCUCCCAGCCUGAAUUGUGUCUGUCUGGCUGUCAGUUAUCUGAGUGUCCACCUACAUUCUGCUGCCACCAGUCACCAAAGCCCCCUCCCAGUGAGGGGUGGAGGGAAUCCUUGGGGUCUGGAAUUGGCCCCAAACCAGAGAAUGUAUUUUAAGGGGUAGGGCUAGUGGGGGGUCAGCCUUAAGAGACCCUCUCAGCCAGUGACUCCCCCCAAUCCCAAAUCUCCAGGCAGGAACUAAAACCCCAUCCUACUCUUUCACACCAUGUGGAAUUUCUAGGGGGUGGGGAGUGCCCUGAAGAAGUGGAAAUGGGGACAAGAUAUGGCCCUGGUGCUGUAGGCCACAUCCUGAUACCUACAAAUUCACCCCACUCCAGAUCCUGGAGAGAAAUCUCAAGAAGCAGCCCUUCUCUACAUCCCGAGAAAAACCUGGCUGGUUAGCUCCAGCUCAGGGUGAGGGGCACUGGUGCCUGACCUCACUGGCUCCUCCCCUAGAGGGCCCUCUGCAAGGGCCACAUCCAUAAAUUUUCUUAUGGAACUCUCCCAAGUCCUCUGCCCCGACUUCAUCUGCUUCUUUCAACAACCUCAUCUGCAUUUUCUAUUUCUCUAUGAUACAGACUCUAUAUUGCUAUUAUCUCUGUAUAUACUUUCCUCUGGCCCUGUCUGUCUCCACCCCAUCCCCUCUUGUCUCUGAGAACCAUCCUCACACCCCAAGUUUCCCUUUAUGUGUUUCUUCCCCUCCUCUGUCUGAAUGCCUUCGCCUGUAUAAAGAAUUGGACUCUCUCCCCUGGUGUCUGUACUGUGUACACACAUCCCUCUGAGAAGCACAAGGAGACGACACGCGCAUUGUAACCUUCGCACUGUCUCGGUGGCGACAUAAAGGAAGCUGUGAAUCACAAGCUCUGCCUCUUUCUGGCCUCACCCUCUUCCCCCAACCCAGGCACCUUCUGCCAUCCCUGCAGCCUUAACAUUCCCUUCCCCUGCUCCUCCUAUCCCAAGGCCCUUUGCCUGGCUGACUGUGGCCUCCCUAGGGAAGGGUUUGCUACACAGGUAUCCCUACCCAGGGAGCAGAGAGCUGUGCUGGACACUAAGUCAAGAAUGUCAGAGACAGAGGGACCUGGGGAUUGGUGACUUAUGCAGCUGGGGCAGCGGGUGCCCACAGGCAGAUGCUGAGGUCCUCAAAUCAGUGGCCUUUCUGGGUGCCCAGCCCCCUUCCUCACCUGAUGCCCAAGCCCACCACUUAUAUUUUCUGGUGAGGCACGGUUUGGUCAUGGGAGGAAAGAGCAGGCCUAGAGGAGGAGUGGAAAGCUCUGCUGUUCUAGGCUUCCCUACCUUAAAAAGAAAUGUGAGGUAGAGGGCCUGCCCCACGCCCUCCACCAGGCACUCCUCCCAGGCCAGAGCCCCAACUCCUUUCCAGGCCUUCUCUGCCCACCUGUCUUUUGGUCUCCAAUUCCAGAACAGGACCCAUGGGCAGGUCUGUGUGUUGGCCUGAAGUGGAGAGUAAGGCUAUAGGAUCUUUGGGAACUGUUGGUUCCUCAGAAAUCAGUCCUCCCCAGAGGGAAGCAGGAGCAAGGCCAAGAAGUGUGUGCUGGUUGAGGGAACAGCAGGCAGGGCUCUCUCUGGGUGACGCAUGCCUCUGGUCUAAUAAACUGGGUUCCAACCAUC